AUGUAUCUUUCUAUUUUCUUUUUCCUCCUCUUAUGGGCUCAAGCCCUGACAUUAAAAAACUUGAAUUACUCUGUCCCGGAGGAACAGGGUCCAGGGACAGUGAUUGGGAACAUUGCCAAAGAUGCCAGACUUGGACUGGAACAGACUGGGCAGGGAGGACAGGGUAAGAAAGCCAACUUCAGGGUGUUGGAGAACUCAGCCCCGCAUCUUAUCGACGUGGACCCACAGAGUGGACUGCUGUACACAAAGCAGCGCAUUGACAGGGAAACAUUGUGUAAGAGAAACCCCAAGUGCCAGCUCUCCAUGGAGGUGUUUGCCAAUGACAAGGAGAUCUGCAUGAUCAAAAUAGAUAUUCAGGACAUUAACGACAACUCACCCAUCUUCCCCUCAGAUCAGAUUGAUAUUGACAUUUCUGAAAACGCAGUGCCAGGGACACGGUUUCCCCUGACCAGCGCGCAUGACCCAGAUGCAGGGGAAAAUGGCCUGAAAACGUAUCAAAUAACACGCGACGACUACAAUCUCUUUUCCUUGGAGGUAAAAUCCCGUGGGGACGGGACUAAAUUCCCUGAAUUAGUUAUUCAACGACCAUUAGACAGAGAAGAAAGAAGCCAUCACACUCUUAUUUUGUCAGCUACUGAUGGUGGGGAAUAUCCUAGGUCAGGUACCAUGCAGAUAAAUGUUAAAGUUAUCGAUUCCAAUGAUAACAGUCCCGUGUUUGAUCAGCCCUCAUACGUUGUCGAAAUUCCAGAAAAUUCACCUCCUGGCAAAGUCCUGAUCGAUUUAAAUGCCACUGAUCCUGAUGAGGGCAACAAUGGACAAGUAGUCUAUUCUUUUAGUGGCUAUGCCCCAGAGAGAAUCCGGGAGCUCUUCUCCAUAGAUUCCAGAACAGGGGUCAUAAAGAUUCAGGGGGAAAUUGACUAUGAAGAGAGCCCAGUUAUAGAGAUUGACGUUCAGGCAAAGGAUCUAGGUCCCAAUCCAAUCCCAGGCCAUUGUAAAGUCACUGUUAAAGUGCUUGACAGGAAUGAUAACUGGCCGUCUAUAGGCUUUGUGUCUGUGAGACAGGGAGCCAUCAGCGAGGCAGCACCUCCAGGCACUGUGAUUGCUCUGGUCCGUGUCACAGACAAGGACUCAGGCAGGAAUGGGCAGCUUCAGUGCAGAGUGCUGGGUAAUGUCCCGUUUAAACUUGAGGAAAACUAUGAUAACUUCUACACAGUGGUGACAGACAGGCCCUUGGACAGAGAGGCGCAGGAUGAGUAUAAUGUCACCAUUGUGGCCAAAGACAAUGGCAUUCCCCCUCUAAACUCCACUAAAUCCUUCACUGUAAAGAUUCUGGAUGAGAAUGACAACGUUCCUCGCUUUACCAAGUCCGUUUACCUUCUUCAGAUACAUGAGAACAACAUCCCAGGGGAGUACUUAGGUUCAGUUCUGGCCCAUGAUCCAGACCUCGGACAGAAUGGCACUGUGUACUACAGUAUAAUCAACUCUAAUGUGAGUGGGGGUGAUGUCAACACCUAUGUUAAUGUGAAUGCGGCCAAUGGAGCUAUAUAUGCAGUUAGAUCCUUCAACUAUGAGCAAAUAAAAUAUUUUGACUUCAAGGUUCUUGCUAAAGAUGCUGGAUCUCCACAUCUGGAGAGCAACGCUACUGUGCGCAUCAGUGUUCUGGAUGUCAAUGACAACAUCCCUGUCAUAGUGCUGCCCCUGCUCCAAAAUGACACUGCUGAAAUCCAUGUUCCGCGUAAUGUUGGUGUUGGUUACAUUGUCACCACAGUGAGGGCAGUGGAUAAUGAUUAUGGCGAAAGUGGGAGGCUCACCUAUGAGAUCUCAGAUGGCAAUGAGGAGCAUCUUUUUGAGAUUGAUCCAGUGACUGGGGAGGUGCGAACAGCUCACCCAUUCUGGGACAAUGUCAGCCCAAUUGUGGAGCUGAUCAUACGAGUGUCGGACCAUGGGAAGCCAACACUCACUGCUGCCGCCAGGCUUAUUGUCAAGGCCUCCAAUGGACAUACUGUCGAUGGACUGCUACAUGUGGACGACAAUCAGAACUGGGACAUGUCCCUGCCUCUCAUUGUAACUCUCAGCAUAAUAUCCAUCAUGCUUUUGGCUGCCAUGGUGACUAUAGCAAUCAAGUGCAAGCGGGAAAAUAAGGAGAUCCGUACCUACAAUUGUCGCAUUGCAGAAUACUCGCACCCUCAGCUGGGGAAAGGCAAGAAGAAGAAGAUUAACAAGAACGACAUCAUGCUGGUGCAGAGCGAGGUGGAGGAGCGGGAUGCCAUGAAUGUAAUGAAUGUGGUAAGCAGUCCUUCCUUGGCCACCUCUCCCAUGUACUUUGACUACCAGACACGCCUGCCACUCAGCUCACCAAGGUCAGAGGUCAUGUACCUCAAGCCCACUGCCAAUAACCUCAGCGUGCCCCAAGGCCACGUGGGAUGCCACACCAGCUUCACAGGCCCAGUCACCAGCACUACAGACACCCCUACUAACCGCAUGUCCAUCAUACAGACUGACAAUUUCCCCAACGAGCCUAAUUAUAUGGGUAGCAGACAACAGUUUGUUCAAAGUAGUUCGACAUUCAAAGACCCAGAGCGAGCAAGCCUCAGAGACAGUGGUCAUGGUGACAGUGACCAGGCUGACAGUGACCAGGACACCAACAAAGGUUCCUGCUGUGAUAUGUCUGCAAAGGAAGCCCUCAAGUUAAAGGCUACAGGCGUUAAACCACCACCUUUGGAGCAAGAUGAGGAUUGCGUGAAUUGUACAGAGGAGUGCAGAGUACUGGGUCACUCUGACCGCUGCUGGAUGCCCCAAUUCCCAGCUGGAGGAAACCAGGCAGAGGGUGUCGACUACCGCAACAACAUGUUCGUGCCAGCAGGAAUGGAAUCCGUGCCUGAGACAGAGACCUACGAGACAGUCAACCCCAACGGCAAGAAGACGUUCUGUACAUUUGGCAAAGAGCGGCGUGACCACACCAUACUGGUUGCCAACGUGAAGCCCUACUUGAAGGCGAAACGUGCCCUCAGCCCACUGCUCCAAGAGGUACCCUCAGCGUCAAGCAGUCCUACCAAGGGCUGCUCCAGCAUGUCUCCUUGCUCCUCAGUCAAAAGCCCAGCUGAUGGGGCUGAAGGCAAACCUCCUCCUGCCACCUGCUCCGGUCACUAUGGGCCUCCUGAUGGUCAAUACCUGUCACCAACCAAACAAACCAGGGACCAGGGGGUCUACCCACCCUUGCCUCCAUCAGACCCAGUGGCCAAGGUGCUCGCCGAGGCCCGCUCCAGGAUCAGCCAAGAGACAACAGGUGAAAUGGAGUGUGUCCUGGAGCAGGUGGAUCCUGAAGCGAACCGUGACGGAAUGGACGCUGACCAGGUGGUGAGAGACAUCGACAAACUAUUGCAGGACUGCAGAGGAAGUGAGGCCACUGGCACACUCAGGAAGUGA